AAGCCGAACAUUUCCGAAGCCGUAAUGGAGUGAAAAUAAAUUAACGAAACAGAGCAUAUAAUUUACAGUUUUACUUGAUAUUUGGACAUGAUGACGAUAAGAAUAUCACCAACGCUUAUUUCAUUGACACUAAUUUUAUAUGCUUUGCAAUUAGAACCUGCAUCAUGCAAGGAUGGUACUCCGUCAAAGACGAGCUUUGAAGAUGCUAGAUGUAAAUGUGUGUGUCCAAAGUUUAAGAAGGACGACAAUAGCACACUAAGUGAUAAAACAGUCUAUAUCAGCCCAAAUGCUGACCCAUCUAAUUGUAAUUGUCCUUUUGUUGUAAACCAGCCAUUUUGUUCUAUGUGUGAGUGCAAGUAUGAGAACAGAAAUACAACCACAAUCAAGGUUGUUGUGAUAAUUAUAAUCUGUGUGACUUCGCUGUUGCUAGUGUACAUGCUGUUUUUGUUGUGUCUGGACCCACUGAUAGCGCGAAAACCAGGCGCCUACCAGGAGCACAUGGAUGAGGUGAUUAAUUUGGAUGACCAGACAGUGUCACAGGUACCUCAGUUUGAAAGUGGAACGCGGCCACGCAUGAAUCGCCAGAAGUCCGUUAUCAACUACGUCUCUGACGAGCAGAAACGAUGGAAGAGUACAGUUCAAGAACAGAGAAGGAAUAUCUAUGACAAGCAUACUAUGUUGAAUUAAGAUGUUAUGAGCUGUGUCAUGAGAAAAUCAGCAUAGUUGCUUUGCGACCAGCACGGAUCCAGACCAGCCUGCGCAUCCGCGCAGUCUGGUCAGGAUCCAUGCUGUUCGCUUUCAAAGCCUAUUGCUAUUAGAGAAACCGUUAGCGAACAGCAUGGAUCCUGACCAGACUACGCGGUUGCGCAGGCUGGUCUGGAUCCAUGCUGGUCGCAAAGCCACUAGGUUGAUUUUCUCAUGGCACGGCUCAUAUUUCUGUAUAGAUCUGGCAUGUACAUUCUGAAGGAACACCAAGCAAUAUCAUAACAUUUAAUUUAUUGAAGAAUACAGUUGAAUGUUGUUUGUUCGAACUCAAUGGGACAGUCAAGGUUUGUUUAAGUUAUUAGUAGUUUGAGCCAUGGGUCAAUAUACACUAUAUAGAUAUACACAAUAUACACUGUAUAUUGCCGUGACCUGAUGAUUGAUACGAGGGAAGGUUGGUGUUCGAUUGAUCCGAGCGUACAAAGUUUGACUUUAGGUGUCAUAUUUCUACAUUCCAAAAUGAAACUGAGUAGUCUAGAAAACUUGAAUUGAUUUAUUAAUAUUUUUCUGAAAUAUUUCAUGAAAACUACAUAAAAAGCUAUGUAGAAUAAAUUGUUCAAUUUAUUAAAAAAUAUGAUGAAAUGUAUAUAAUUCCAGGAGAGUAGUCUGUGAAACAAACUAUUUCUGAUAAAUGCUUUGGUUAAUGGCACUUUCAAACAAAAAUAUAUGUAAACUAUUCAAAUUUCAUCUACUUUUCUGUGUUCAAAAUUCUUAACAAAGCAGGACACAGUUACAUCUAAUACCAGAAGUAAAAUUGUAACUGGGCACUUCAGGUAAUCAUAUUUCAAAAGGAUUUGGAUUUAAAAUUUGCAGUGUAAUAGUUUUUUAAGGGUUUAUAUCACAGUUACUAUAUAAGAAUGAUCAUGUGAACAUAAAUUUUGGUGUUUGAUAUUGAAAAAAUCAUCAAACUUCAAGCACCAACAUACAGAAUAAUAUGUGUUUGACUGUCUUCUGUAAUAGUAAAUUCUGUCACCUUAGAUUUAAUAGUAUGCAAAGUGUAAUGUGAUAUUUUUAUUUAAUGUAGUUUUUUAUUUGACAUGGUAGAAAUAUACUGAACAAAAUACUCCCUAGAUUGAUUGCUAAUGUUACAUGUAGUACAAUUUGUAUGUACUAUUUUAUCUUGAGCUUUUGAAUGAAAGAUACUUAUAGCUUCUGCUGAAGGUCAGUAUUGGUUUUCAGUUUUUCUUUCAAAUUACCUAUGGACGUCAUGAUGGAAAUCUGGAAAGAAGCACCAGUCUAAAACAUCUGGAUCAUUGAAAGCUUUGAGACCCUAGGUUGACAUUUUUUCAUGUUCACUGUUUGCUGUUGCCCUCAAGUGCAUGUGAUAUUUAUAGUAUUGGGGAUAGUUUUGUUCAGUAUACUGUCUGUAUGUAGACACCAUGCAUUUCUUAUUUCUAUUGUGCAAUAAACAUAGAAUCUAUCUAAUUCAUGUUGUAUAUAUAGGUUUCAGAAUGUAAUGUUAAGACUUAUUAAUGAUUGUAAUAUGUAUAUAUGUAUAUGUAAUUAUAUAGGUGUUGAAAGUAUAUAUACACUAUCAUUGUAUUACAUAGUUAAAACUUGUUUAGAAUUGAUUUUACAUUAGAAGGGAGUAAUAUUUAUAAAAACGGUUGAGGUUAGUGAAAAAGUUAAAGCCUUUAAGUAUUUAGAAUGUUCUGCUGUUCAUUUACCUUUAUUUGGACUAAAAACCUUCAUAAAUUUUAAGUAGACAAAUAAGUACCUCAUACAACUUGCACAACAUUAUAGAAGAUUUAGUUUAAUUGAAGAAGAAGUGUUAAUUUGUCAAGUAAAACCUGAUUUUCAGUAUAUUUAUAUUAUGAAAAAAGCAUUCCACAGCUGAUAGUAAUGUAUUUAUAUAUAUUGUAUUUGUUUUGCGGGAAAGUUGAGAAAGGUGAGUCAGUUUUGACAUAUUUGAGAGGCUGCAAUUUCAAUACUUGUAUGUGUAUGUGUACAUUUAGUUAAUCCCUAUUCAUAAACCUGGCUUGGGGUGUGGAAUUCAUUCAUGUGAGGAUACCUGGCUUGGGGUGUGGAAUUCAUUCAUGUGAGGAUACCUGGCUUGGGGUGUGGAAUUCAUUCAUGUGAGGAUACCUGGCUUGGGGUGUGGAAUUCAUUCAUGUGAGGAUACCUGGCUUGGGGUGUGGAAUUCAUUCAUGUGAGGAUACCUGGCUUGGGGUGUGGAAUUCUUUCAUGUGAGGAUACCUGGCUUGGGGUGUGGAAUUCAUUCAUGUGAGGAUACCUGGCUUGGGGUGUGGAAUUCUUUCAUGUGAGGAUACCUGGCUUGGGGUGUGGAAUUCUUUCAUGUGAGGAUACCUGGCUUGGGGUGUGGAAUUCUUUCAUGUGAGGAUACCUGGCUUGGGGUGUGGAAUUCUUUCAUGUGAGGAUACCUGGAUUGGGGUGUGGAAUUCAUUCAUGUGAGGAUACCUGGCUUGGGGUGUGGAAUUCUUUCAUGUGAGGAUACCUGGCUUGGGGUGUGGAAUUCUUUCAUGUGAGGAUACCUGGCUUGGGGUGUGGAAUUCUUUCAUGUGAGGAUACCAUUCAUCUAGCUUACAGAUGGUCGGUGGUUCUACUUAUGUCUGCAUUAGUGCCAUGAGAGAUACCUGGGAUCUUCCUUCACCACAGAGAGCUGGAAAGUCACUGUAUCACCUAUGAUUGUGUCUGUGUGAUGUUAAAUGCAACAAAAAUCUCAAUACAUAAUAAUAAAUAUUUUUCUAAAAAGUGUUUAACUCAAACACUGAAAUAAAGAAGCAAAUCCUGCACAAUCCAUACAAGUAUUGGAUCAGAACCUCAGUAAUGUCUCAAAGUACUUUAAUCCUGUGUGUAAAGAAGAGAAUAUAGAAAAUAUACAAGUAAUCAAUUUGAUUCAUGUUUGUUCAUGUAAAGAGAAUUUGUGAUGUAAUUUAUGAGCUAGUGCUGCCAUAACCUGGACGUUUGUUGAGUUUUAUAUUUUACUUCUGUUAUUGUCAUGCAAAUAUAGCUGUGCACCAAAUGGGCAUUUUAAUGUAUCUCUUCAGUGAUAUGUAAACAGUGUUUUGAUUAAUAGCUCUAUAAAUAUAGCCAUCACUUUAUGAUUUUAUUUGCAAAACAUCACUGCCUGUCCACUUGUUUCGGUAGGGAGAGGGCGAGUUUGAUCCAGGGGUGAGGCUAAUGUUCAUGUGACAUUUUGAUAGAAGACAUUGCUUCAGGAAUCAUUUCCUCAUCCACCUCUGAUUCACGUGGAGAAGUUGGCAUUUACUUACAGAGAAUAGGUUUGUACUGGCACUGGUACAGAAUCCAGGAGUAUUGGACCGGGUAGUUUAACUGCCUACCGUUACAUAA